ACUGUUACCCAUCGUGCUUUUCGUUGGACCUGGAAACUAUGAGCUGUGGAUAAAUGAACGUUCUGAUAUAGUUUUCCGUAUUUUAUAUCGUUUUGCCCAUUAUUAUGAGCUGUCCUCCCCUCAGCAGCCUCCACUGGACUUAACCUGAAUCCAGAAAAUGAAUGUGUCCUCUGACGUUGACAAGCCAUGUCUGACGCCCUGAAGAAGCGCAAGUCGAAAGUGCUCCGCAGCGAGACGGGCACACCGGAGGGGAAAUGCGGCCGCGAAGAGGGAGACCAGGACAUACGUGUGUACAGUGAGGAGGUGGAGCUGGAUGGCAGGGACCCUGAAGAGGACUACCAGCAGUAUAAACUGACCUGUGAAGCUCUGGCCAAACUGAUGAACGACAUACAGGAGCUGAAAGCCAACGGAGCCAAGGAUGGGUGUGCUGAGGUAGAGGAGAAGAGGAUGCAGAGCUGUGUCCACUUUAUGAGCCUGAAGAAACUCAACCGCCUGGCUCACAUGAGACUGAAGAGGGGGAGAGACCAGACACACGAGGGCAAGCAGAGAGUGGAUGUGUUGCACCUGCAGCUCCAGAACCUGCUCUAUGAGGUCAUGCACCUGCAGAAGGAGAUCAGCAAGUGUCUGGAGUUCAAGUCUAAACAUGAGGAGAUAGAUCUGGUGAGUGUAGAUGAGUUCUACAAGGAGGCCCCCCCUGAGAUCUCCCGCACCCCACUCACCAAGGACGACCCCCACCAACUCACACUGGCCAGGUUGGACUGGGAACUGGAGCAGAGGAAGAGGCUGGCUGAGCAGUACAAGGAGUCUCUGUCCAGUAAGGAGAAGAUCCAGAAAGGCAUUGAGGUGAAGAAGGAACACCUGAGUUCUCUACAGCCUGGACUCAACGCUAUCAUGCAGGCAUCCCUCCCGGUCCAGGAGUACCUCUCAAUGCCGUUUGAACAGACCCAGAGACAGACAGAGAUCGCCCGCCACCUUCCCCCCUCUCUCUACGUCCUCCUGGUACAGGCCAGUGCUUACGGACAGGCCUGCGAUAAGAGCCUGAGUGUGUCCAUCAGUGGAGACGUGGACGAGGCCAAAGCUCUGUCUAAACCUCCAGAGGACUCCCAGGAUGAUGAUUCUGGUGAUUCUGAUGCAGAGGAGGAGCAGGAGAAGACGAAGAGGAGGCGACCUACUACAGGUGGUCAGCUGGAUGAUAAGAGACGUGAGAUGCUGAAGAGACACCCUCUCUCCCUUUGCCUGGACCUCAAAUGCAAAGACGGCAGUGUGCUGCAUCUGUUCAACUACUACCUGAUGAACCUGAACAUCAUGACUGUCAAGGCCAAAGUCUCCACCGCCACAGACCUCACUGGAGCCAUCAGCGCAGGGGAGCUGUUAAAUUCUGACACGCUGCUCAACUGCCUGUAUGCCAAUGACCAGGGCCGCGAGACCCCCAACCCUGCUAACCGCUACCAGUUUGAUAAAGUGGGGAUUAGUUCGUUUGGAGACUACGUGGCAGAGUUGGGUCAUCCCUACCUGUGGGUGCAGAGUCUAGGAGGACUGCAGUUCCCCAGUGAAGCCCCAGAGGGUUUGCGUGCAGGCAGUUCUCUUAGUGCCAGUCACAUGGAGAGCACCAUGAAGCUGCUGAGAGGACGAGUCCAGUCACGUCUGGCCCUGCACAAACAGUUCUCCUCACUAGAACACAGUAUCGUUCCAGUGUCCACGGAGUGCCAGCACCUGUUCCCUGCUAAGGUUCUCUCCCGCCUGGCUCGCUGGACAACCAUGUCACAUCAGGAGUACACAAAUCUGUCGUUCACGCAGCAUGUGUCAGACGCAGGUCUGGCUCGGGAAACUGACCUGUUCUUCAUGGCUGUGGUGGAGAGAGGAACAGCUCGUCUUCAGGCUGCAGUGGUGUUGAACCCCCGUUAUCCAGAAAUCUCUCCUCUGUUUGCUCUUUCACUCAGCUGGAAGGGCGAGUGCAGCGGACGUACCGAUGACAACCUUAGAGCCAUGGAGAGUGAGGUGAAUGUGUUUAAGUCGGAGCUCCAGGGGCCCCGCCCAGGGCACCAGCUGCUAACCAAUCAGGUGGCUCGUCUGUGUGUCUGUCUGGACGUAUACCUGGAGACCGACGGACAGGAUGACAGCGUGGAGGGACCACGGGAGUUUCUCCGAGAGAAGAUGUGUCUACGCACCGUAAGGGGUCCGAACCGUCUGAAGCCGUUCAAGUACAACCACCCCCAGGGCUUCUUCAGUCACCGCUGACCUCCCCCUUAACCCCUAUCCCUUCACCUCUUAUAUCUUACACCUGAUUUCAUAGUCCACCUCAAGGCUUCUUCAGUCACCCCUAAACGUUACCUUCUGCCACGUCCCUGCCCUCAUAUCCCACUCUCUUUUUUAAUACACUGUAGUUUUGUCUGUUUUAGUUUCACACAUUCUGUGUGUUGGUUGGACAAUAAAAAGAUAGUGAUUUUGUUUGAA